AUGAAUGGCAGUACUGAAACAGAGGUGGCCCUCUACUUGUUUCAUGGCUGCAGGUGUGGUGCCUGGAGGUGCUGGUCUAUCACCCAUGCUGGUUCUGUGGACUCUAGAGUCCCUUUCUCCUUGUUUUUUACAGCAAACCUGCAGAAGCAGGGCCUGGCAUGCUUUUACAACGUCAGUGCUCAGCUGGUAGCCUGGGCAGACGUCGUGUUCCUCCGCUGCCUCCUGUCACAGAUGCUGUCCGUCUGCCCUGUCAUUCAGCCUGACAUCCAGAACCCCUGUGUUGUGUACAGCCUUGUCACUGCCAUUCCUCUCCUCAGGUUGCAGCACCUCCUUUGCUACAAUGCCAUUGUAAGGCUGCAGCACCAGUGCUCUGCCCAGGAUCCUUCCAUCCGUGAGUGAGGGGUGAAGGGGACAGACCCUGCUGCUGUGCAUGCAACAUGCCCCUGCAGUGCCCCAGGGAAAAUAAGAGUCAAUGCUGAAUGGCUGGUGACCGUUUCCUCUGCAGCCCUGAAGAGCAGCAUGUGGCAGAGCCUGCCUCCCCAGGAGGCACUGAAAUUACUCAAUGACCUCUCUUCCCCUGAACGCUGCCCCAUCCGUGCAGAGCACAAAACUUCCUGCCCACGGUUUGUGUGCAAGAGUUUUGUCAGCAAAGAUUUUGUCUCUUCAGUGACUCAAGAGGAAACCUUUCCCUGGUUUGACCUGACAGCUGCACAACUGAGAGAGUGUCCCUUUAGCCAGCUGCUGGAAAUGAGUAAGCUUGUCCAGAGCCAUCUUGCUUUACUAUACCAGGCAUCCUUUGGAGACUGGCCUACAAAGCAAGGUGGGCCUAUCAGCACCAAGACAUCUCUUCCUUCAGCUGUGGUGAAGCCUGGUGUGACGGAUGAGAGGACCUCAUUCUCCACAGCUGCUUCCAAUAUUUCCUCAGAAAGUCCAGAGGAAACAACUAUUAUUCUAAAUCCUCAUAAGCUAACGAAGCCCAGAGAAGAAUGAUUUGCUGAGAUCUUUAUCCCAGCCUCCUCCCAGAACUGAGGGGUGCAAGAACCAGCACUGUUCACUCUUGGCCUCUCCAGCCAAAUACCCAAUGUACACAUUUGCUUCUAUGAGUUUCACUCUCUAGGCUGCUCAGCAAACUUGCUCCUCUCUAACUGCCCGAGUCUUGCGUUAUUUUGGUCUGAAUUUGCUUAUUACAUAGUCAUCUCGGCCUACAAACUGCUUCCAUUUCACUGAGUUUCUGUUGCAGUUUCACUAGAAAACUGAAUUACAAAACCAAAUUACAAUUAUUCUGCAGUGGCUACAGUUUUGGUGCAAAGAACUAAACAGGAUUGGGGCUAGUCUUUUUAUUUAUUUUUCAAUGGGGCAUCUUGAUGCCAGACAAAAUAAUAAUGAUGUAGUCUUUCUGUUGAGACAGGCUUUCACCAGCACUAUUCAUACUUCCUUGCUGGUGAUAAUGCACUCCACCACCACAGACUGAAUGAUCUUUCCUUCAAGGAAAAAAAGGUAACUGGAUAUUCUGUCCAAAUCCACCCAGGACAAAGCAUUUUUUAUUCCCUCAAUCUGCUAGUUCAGUUUACAGUAUUCUCUUAUACUUCUUGCCAUCAUCUAUCAUGUGUUUCAGUACAGUUUGCUAUGAUAAACUGCUGCCUGGUUUUACCUCACAGGAAAUAAUGUCUGUGGUGAUUAGUUAUUCAUGUUGUAACUAGGCCCCUCACUUAAUUACAGUUGCUGACAGCAGCUGUCACCACACCUGUAUACCAGUUAUUGUGUGUGCCAUUUAUCUUACAUCUGGGCUUUACAGUGAGCCCAGUCGGCAGACACUAAAGCCUGGCAGCUGCCAGGAAGUUGUUAUCAAUCACUGGUUAUUAAAAUAUGUCUGUGAUAUCUUUUUGUCAUUUUAAUCAACUCUAAAGCAGAAGUGAAAGACAGACAGUGGUACAGCCUGGUUUACAGCUUCUGCUUCACUUAGCUCCUUGAAGCAAACAAAAGAUUGCAGAAAAGAGACGAUGUGGGGAUCUGUUUGCUGUCAUCAAAAUGCUAAGAGCUACAAUUGCCUUUUCUAUAAUCAGGAGAAGGUAGAACUGUACUUCCUUGGACAAACUUCCAGGUAAUUAUGGUGUAUUCUGCUGGGCUUCUUACAAGUGUGGAAUUGCAGUGUGAGUGUCUAAUCCUGCCUCUGGGGGCCCUGCGAUGCAGGGAGAACGUCCGUUUCUACCCUAGUCUGGGCUUGCUGCAAAGGAGGAACUGUAGUGUAGGGCUCCAGUCCUGCUUCUUUGAUAAACUGUGAGAAAGUGAGGGCAUCUGCUUUCUUUCCUGACCAGGACUUUCGCUCCAGGAAGAGACCCAUGUUGUCUCUGUAUGGGAGGGCAAUGGAUCUGCUGAAGACAGGCUCCUCAAUCCCUAGCAACUCUCGCACGUGUCGUGAAAUCUCCUGAAAUACAAGACAAAAUACCAGAAAUCCUCAUUUCACAGGACAACAGCUAAUACCAUUCGUUCUGUGUCAGAGCAGCAGGAAAAAGAAUGGAAUUUGUGAUUUUUGGAGCAUUUUCACACUUGAAGUUGCAAGUCAAGAGGGAUCUGAACCCAUGAGCCCUGUGUGAC